GGCCGUCGUUUCAGCUUCUGCAACAUCGCGGCCUUUGCUUUUAUCUACAGCUGGCUACUUCAAUUGAUACCCACCCGUCGACGACAGCACGAUUCCUCCGCGAACCCCCUCGAACAUUCGCCAGCACGCUUCUCCCCCUUACCCCACUCACACGGCCCUCUACUGCUGAUAUAAACGCCCCUACAUUUGGCAGCAAGCCUUGCGCAUCCUCCCGACAGCGCGGGAGGCUCCACGGAACGUCGGAGACCAGCCCCACCUGGUCGCCGCAGUCGCAGUGGAGACAAUGGAACAUGGCGCGUGCAAUGUGAUAUACAUUGACCGUCGGGCGAACGACGAACAUGUGCGGAGAGAGUCGUUGUCAAAUUCCAUUGCCGCAAGAACCAGCACGGGGAGCUUUCUCCCCAACUACUUUGGCCUGGGUAAAUCACCCCCCCACGAAGUCCACUCGAAUGUGGAAACUCUCCUCUCUACUUUUAACGAAGUUCAUAUCUGUGCAUCUGGCGCUUCGUGUCUUUCCAAGCUCUCGCAGCUCCUCGAAUCUUCGCCCGGCAGUGUGCCUACGAUUGUACUAAUCGACAUUCCGUACGACGAGGAGCAGAGGUUAAAAAGACUCUCUCGCGAACCGCGCACCCCAUCUCCGACUUCCACCCGAAUAGCUAGGACAGACACUAUCGAGCCAGAUGAUAUUUAUGGGAUGCAUCUGUUACUGCAUGUAUCGUCUGAGAUCCAAUCGAAGAACUUCUCCAAACUUGUGGUUCCGGUUGUUGUUCUAAGCGGGCUUGACCGCGAAUGGGCGUCGAACGCUCUUCCAUCUCCCAGUCUCCAUGGAUCGCAGGUUCUUACAGAUACCGUCCGCCUGGUUCGUUACUUGGAUGCAGGAGCCGUGGAUGUGUUGUCCAGCCCCCUUUCGAUAGACAAUGUCAGUGGGUUGGCAGUCCAUGCGUACAGAGUUCAUAAGGAGGUGUCUCGCGAAGACACGGGUUUUCUCACCGUCAAGAGGAAUAGGAAGUUGUCAUGGGUAGGCGUAAACGAUGCAAAACCGUAUGGCUAUCUCCGGGAGGCCAUGGUGUCCAACUUAAUGAGCGGCAUCUGCAACCCGGAGACCUUUGGAGAGUCACUAGAUUCAACGGACCUAUAUAUUUCCCAAGAUCGACGUGAUGUUAUCGCUGCUGCGAUCGGUUCUUGGAAUUUUUCUGCGCAUGACUUUACAGACGACGAGCUCUUAUACGGUUCUCUAUUGAUGUUGAAGCAUGCUCUUCAGAUGCCCGAGUUGGAGCACUGGGGAAUGCCUGAAGAUGAACUAAUCGUCUUCCUCCUCGCCAGUCGUAUCGCCUAUAACGAAUUCGUGCUCUACCACAACUUUCGCCAUGUCACCGACGUCCUCCAGGCGCUAUUCUAUUUCCUUGUUCAGAUCGGUACUCUUCCUCCAUAUCCACUAGGUAGCGUGCACCCACCUGUAACCGAGAAGCCUCCUAUAGCGCAGCUUCUAAAGCCAUUCGACGCACUAACCCUUCUAAUCUCGGCCAUUGGUCACGAUGUUGGACAUCCUGGUGUCAACAAUGCCUUUCUGGUUGCUCUCAAUGCUCCCCUUGCUCAGCUUUAUAACGAUCGCUCCGUCCUUGAGUCUUUCCACUGCGCUGCAUACUCUCAGAUUCUCCGACGUUACUGGCCAAAGGCUUUCUCAGAUGCUGCAAUGAGAAAGCUAAUGAUCAACAGCAUUUUAGCAACGGAUAUGGGGCUGCAUUUCAAGUAUAUGAGCGAAUUGGGCAACGUGCAAGAAAAACUGGCUCACGACCAGAAUGGUAUUGAUGGAUGGAGUGGUAAAGUCCGUGAUGAGUACAAGGAUCUCACCUGCGGGCUUCUGAUCAAGUGCGCCGAUAUCAGCAAUGUUGCUCGAAAAUUCAACACUGCCGCACGUUGGGCGAACAUUUUGACAGACGAGUUCAGCAACCAAGGUAUCAUGGAACAGGAACUCCAGAUACCGACGUGUCUUUUCGGUGGCCCGCCGACCCGUAAUGACAUCAUCAAGCUCGGGGAGUCACAGAUUGGCUUUAUGAACAUAUUUGCGAGGCCACUCUUUGAGGCCGUUGCAGACAUCCUCCCUGCAAUGCGAUUCAGCGUUGAUGAGAUACUCAUCAACAAUGCAACCUGGGAAAAGAAGAUCAGGGAAGAGCGGGAGAAUAGAAAGAACCCGAACCUCGCACUUGGCCUACUGACUCCUGGAUAUGCAGCCGACUCCACUCCAAGCCCAUUGUCCGGAAGCCCAUCGAAACCGCACCCUGAUAUCUCGCAGUUGGAGCCCGAACGAUCAAUACAGAGUCCGUCAAAGACCACCAAUCCGGACAGCUUGGGACGACGAGGCUCAAGUGGCUCUUUCCCGGCAAUAGUAUCAAGCUCUCGAAGAUCAUCACUUGGAGUAGACAAAGGUUCACGACGUUCUUCCGGUACUGGACUUCCCGGAACUCGUUCUCUCACCUCCCAAGAGAACCAAAGUCAGUCAAGGCGCGGCAGUGGAGACGCUAGUCUAACCGCCAUUCUAGUGACACAGACACCUAACGCGCCUGAGAGGCCAGGAAAAGAAGCUAAUCUUGGUUCCGGACCGCGUUCCAGCUCUCCAUCACAUCGGAAAGACACCUUGACCAAAUCAUCACCGAAGAUGUUUACCAAAGCCCCUGUUGAAGGGGAAAAGGAGGGGGCUCGGCCACUCACGGCACCUUCCUCAGCCAGGCGUAGCCAGGGUAAGAGCCCGAUUGCAUACAACCCUUCGUUCUACCGUUCGUUACGACCUGAAGGAGUUGGUCCUGACUUUGAUUCCGCAGCCAAUCUCUUUCCUAUGCCUCAUCCGCCUUCACAAAGCCAUUCUGAGGUGGACCUCUCGCAUGCGCCAAAUGGCAACUUGGACGGCUCAAAAUUACAUCAGUGGGAAUCAGCCAAACUCAGCGGUGACAGCAAUGUAUCUCAAUCCAAUGCAUCACGCGAGACCAGUCGCAGAAGUGAGUGGUGGCGUCAGAUGAGCUCGCGACGACGCACGAAAGACUUCAGAAAUGGAGAGACUAACAUCCAUGGUCAGCAGAAGGAAAUGAACCUGGACCAGACUAUCUCGAACACCACUUCCAAUGCAACCUCACCAACAUCUCUAAGUCCGGGGAAGAGUAGCCGGACCGGGAAGCUCAAAAACUUCUUCAAACGAAAGCCCCGGAAUAGUGAUGAGCAAGAGAAGCAACUUUCGAGCUUUGGCAGCUCUUCCCAACUUAGGACUCCUCCCACAAGUGAUCCAGGUAUCUCAGUCAAUAGCGACGACUGAGCGACGCCGGUCUUGUUGCUUAUAUUCUUUCUUCCUCAUGAGCUGUUGGACUCUGCACCUGGACACUUUUCCUAUGUUUGGACGCAGUCACGCGAAAAGUAAUUU